AUGUCACAGUCUGCCCCUUCGCCGGUCGUCAUCGUGGUGGGCGCGGGACUGGCCGGCCUAUCCGCCGCCUACGAGGCCCUCCGCGUGGGUGCCUCGGUCCGGCUACUCGAGAGGGCCGCCAAGCCCGGUGGCAACAGCAUCAAGGCCUCCUCCGGUAUCAAUGGCGCCCCGACCCGCUUCCAGAAGGGCCAGGACACCUCCUUCUACAGCGACACCGUUCGCUCUGCUGGCGUGCGGCUGUCCUCGGGGGACGUCGGCGCCCGCAAGGACCGCGAGUCUCUCAUCGCUCUCUUGACGAACAAGUCGGCCUCCGCCGUCGACUUUCUCGUUGACGACAUUGGUGUUGACCUCAGCGUUGUGGCGCAAUUGGGCGGCCACAGCUUUGCUCGCACCCACCGAGGCGCCGGCAAGACGCCCCCUGGCGCCGCCAUCAUCUUUGCCCUGCUGGACAAGCUAAAGGCCUUUCCAAAUUUUGAGCUCAAGACCGGCUGCGAGGUGACAAGGCUCUUGAGUGCAGAGCCGAGCAAAGUCACUGGUGUGGAGUUCGUCUCAGAUGGCCAGACCCAAAACCUUGAUGGGCCCGUCGUCUUCACCACGGGCGGAUUUGCCGGCGAUGCCAAGGGUCUCCUGGCCAAAUACCGGCCCGAUCUUUCAAGAAUUCCCUCGACCAACGAUCCUCGGCCGGGCAUGCACAACUUACUGACAUCCGUUGGGGCGAGUCUUGUCGAUAUGGACAGUGUGCAGAUCCACCCCACCGGCUUUGUCGACCCAGCAAAUCCCGAUGCUCCUGUCAAGUUCCUCGCAGCUGAGAUGCUCCGGGGCGAAGGCGGCAUCUUACUUCACAAAGGAAAGCGUUUCGUCAACGAAAUGGAGACUCGCGAGUACAUAAGCAACGUCAUUAUGAAACUCCCUGGGUCUGACACCCAGGGUGGAGACUCGCGGCAAUGGGAUGUCCAGAUCUUGCUCGAUCCAGGGGCCUGCGAGGUUGCCGGUCCUCAUGUUGGCUUCUACACCUGGAAAGGCUUGGUGACAAAGCAAAAAGUCAAGGAACUAGACGCGACUACUCGUGACACCAUACGAGCAUAUUCUGCCAUCGUUGCAGGUGAUAGUGUAGAUGAGUAUGGUCGCAAAGUAUUUGGUCACUGGAAACUGACCGGUGCACCUACCGAUGAUGACCAGGAAGUCUGCGUCGGCAGAGUUACACCCAUCAUUCACUUCACGAUGGGCGGCGUCGCCAUCAACGAACAGGCAGAGGUACUUGCCUCUGAUCUUGGGUCGCAACAGAAGCCCGUCCAAGGCUUGUGGGCAGCAGGUGAGAUAACAGGCGGCAUUCAUGGAGACAACAGACUUGGUGGUUCAUCUCUCCUUGAGUGCGUGGUUGUGGGCAGGAUUGCUGGUGGCAAUGCAGGGCUUUUCACGCAGUGA